UAGCUUUAGGACCCUGCGGAUCGCGCAAGUAUUGUGGCAGAAGACUGCUUCCAAUCCCUAUAUUAGCUCGCAUUUGGAGAAGAUUGCUUAUCUCCCAUACAUCUCUCCUUACAGUGUUAGGUGUUGGCAACGGAAACCCUAAUUUCCUCUGCUAUGUCCUUUGUCCUCUAACUUCAUGUCCCACUGAGAUAGCCAACAGAGCGGUGUGAACAGAGAGGAUGCUCUAAAGAAUUAGGUCUGGACGAAUCUAUGUGCUGUGUGUUUCAUCCAAUGGACUCUCCAAAUGUGUAUCUGUCAACACAUCUACAUUGCACACUAACACCUCGCACAGAGUAGAGGAAUGCGUGGAGGAAGCGCGCUGAGUAAACUGUAGAAGAUAUUCUAGGCACAAGGGCUAAUUGGCGCGAUUCUUGUCCCAACUGAGUGUCUGAAACGAGUUCUUAAAGACUCGCGGGGAAAAACAUUUCCGCUAUCAGGAGUUUAUUCUCUUGCUUGUGGAUAUGGGGAGUGACACAAUGAAGAUUGCUUGAGAAGUGGGAACCACGCCACGAUUUAAAGUUUUGCAAGAGGCUUUUGGGGAAAACUACACAAUACUGGCGGUAUGUUGGAGAGGCAAGCAGCGGAUUUUUGAACAACAUUGUAGCUACGGAACGCACUGCCGAAAUUCUAUAUUCCCAUGUCAUCGCGCUGACCCUGCUCCCCGGACAGUGAUAAGUCAUUUAUUUUGAAGUGGUUGAAAUCUCCUCCCCGAUCCCGAUUGCAAGCUAUAUGAAGGUGGCACCGUGAUUCAACGAAGAUUGACGUGUGUUAGGAAACGGCUUAAAUCAGUUUAUUUAGUCAGCUCAUUAAACUCGUGCAUCAUCAACUUUUUGCAUCACAUUUUCCCUGAACUCAUCACAUUGAGAUUUAACUCACGCAUCUUAAAGAGGAUUCAGUGGUCAUUUCGGAACUUGUUGAACACUCACAAAGACUGGACCAUCGUACCGCGAACACAGAGGGAAUCAUAAAAAAACUAGCACGGGUGCGAGGUGCAAAGCGAUGACUGACAGGAAGCAAACCUGAGACGGCUGUCACUCAUCGCCCCGGGCCAAGCAAGCGAAUCACCUGAGUGUCACGGACGGCAUUUAAUGACCUCGUGCUCUCCUUUACCCUCUCUCGUUAUCACCUCAACAGCCGGGGACCCCCCCCUCCCCCCCUGUUCCACCCCACUGACCUGUCAGCUGAGACACCGGAUCUAACCACAGAACUUGGGGAGACGAGACUUAGUGCAGAUUUAGGCAGAGCUAGCAGCCUCCCCCACCCCCACCCCCCAAAAGCAGCUAACACAAAGCUGGCAUGCCGGCACGGUUCCAAAGCUCUCCACUCAACAGAAGUUGGAUUAUUUUAUAAGAUUGCCCCGGCCACUCUCUCUCACUUUCAUUUGGGGAGCGGGGUAAAGUAUUCUAGAGAGGAAUUUAGAGAGGGCUCACAAAGGAAGCAGCGAUGCGUCUGCCCGUGCUGUUGACACUGCAGGCCGUGUGGGCCGGCCUGUGCCACGCCAUGCAGAAUUACCCCGCAGCCUGGGGACACUACGACGUCUGCAAGUCGCAGGUCUACACCGAGGAAGGCCUGACCUGGGAUUACAUGGCCUGCCAGCCAGAGGCAGCCGACAUGACCAAGUACCUGAAAGUGACACUCGACCCUCCCAACAUCACAUGUGGAGACCCGCCUGAGACAUACUGCGCCUUGGAAAAUCCGUACAUGUGCAAUAACGAGUGUGAUGCUAGCACCGAGGAGCUAGCACACCCCCCUGAACUGAUGUUCGACUUUGAAGGCCGAAAUCCAACAACAUUUUGGCAGUCCUCCUCUUGGAAAAAAUACCCAAAGCCCCUUCUGGUCAACAUCACCCUGUCCUGGAACAAAACUAUAGAGCUGACAGAUGACAUCGUAAUAACAUUUGAGUCCGGUCGCCCAGAGCAAAUGGUCCUGGAGAAGUCCCUGGACUACGGUCGAACUUGGCAGCCAUACCAGUUCUACGCCACAGACUGCUUGGAUGCCUUCAUCAUGGAGCCCAAGACAGUUCAGGAUCUUACUCAGCAGACCUUGCUGGACAUCAUCUGCACAGAGGACUACUCCCGGGGCUAUGUUUGGAAGUAUGACAAAACGGUCCGCUUUGAGAUCAAGGACAGGUUUGCCCUUUUCGCUGGGCCCCGGCUCCACAACAUGGCCUCGCUGUAUGGACAGCUGGACACCACAAAGAACUUGAGGGACUUCUUCACCAUUACAGACCUGAGAAUUAAACUCCUCAGGCCAGCCACGGGAGCCACCAUGGUGGAUGAGAACAACCUGUCCAGAUACUUCUACGCCAUAUCUGACAUCAAAGUGCAUGGAAGGUGCAAGUGCAACCUUCACGCCAACAGCUGUGUCUUUGACAAAGAGAAACUGACUUGCGAGUGCGAGCACAACACCACAGGCCCCGACUGCGGGAAAUGCAAGAAAAAUUACCAGGGCCGAGCAUGGAGUGCGGGCUCCUAUCUUCCGAUCCCGAAGGGAACAGCAAAUAUCUGUAUUCCCAAUAAUGUCGGUCCAGUUAAUUGCGAAUGCUCCGGCCACUCCACCCGGUGCAGCUACAUCGAGCUGCUAAACACGGUCAUUUGCAUCAGCUGUAAGCACAACACUAGAGGGCAGCACUGCCAGUUGUGCAAGCUGGGCUACUACAGAAACGUCUCAGCAGAGCUGGACGAUGAGAAUGUUUGCGUAGACUGUAAUUGUAAUCCCUUUGGCUCAGACAGUGAUCGCUGUAAUGGCACAGGAUUUUGUAAAUGUAAGGAGGGAACAACAGGGGCUAAGUGCCGUGACUGUCUUCCGGGAUAUUUGUGGGACAAUGGCUGCAAAUCCCAAGUGUGCAACAACGAGCUGAUGCGCUGUCAGAACGGCGGCGUGUGCCACAACAACGUGCGCUGCCAGUGCCCCGCGGCCUUCACCGGACUGCUGUGCGAGAAGCGUCGGUGCGAAGGCGAGGCCGGGGGCUGCGGGGGCCCCGACUCCGGCCAGGCCGCACUCCCCCUGCCCCCGGCCCCCCUGCUGCUGCUCCUGCCCCUCGCCCCCGCCCUCCUGAGGGAGGCCUGCUGGCCCGCGGCGCUCUGAAGCAGAGCGACAGAGAAAUAUAUCCAAAAAAAAAUCUACAAGCAUACAAGCAAUCCACCCAACCCAAGACACAGGCUGUCAAUAAGGAAUGUGCCAGAAUGAAAGCAAAACUAUAAUUUGAAGAAGAAGAAAAAAAUUAUAAUAAAGUAUUGAAAUCAAAAAUAAAUACAUUUAAAAACAGAAAAAAACAAAGAUAUAUUUAAUGAAAUAACUGAGCAUUUGCUUCAUAAAGCCGACAAAUGAACGGAGACCAGUGAACUAAGCCAUACUAGAUACCAUUCCCCAAGAGAGGAUCCAGAGAUGAAAGACUGUUUUUCCUCAACCUCGCCGCGGCAACAGCAGCUGAAACCACUCGAUGGCGAUCACAACAAUGUCAGAGCCACACUCUGGUGCUUUUGAGUAAUAUGUUGGCUGGGUUGCUUUGGGCUAAUCUGACGCGAAGCAAUGUAGGACUGUCCAGUUUGUGUGGACCGACACUGAAAUUAAACUCAAGCAUUCUUUGCUGUCAGUGCAUUGUGGAUAUAAGGAAAAUCACACCGACUGGCACGUUUGACCUGUGACCUGCAUUAGUCCCGCCCUCUACUCUCUCUGCCCCAGUUAUCCCUCCCUGCCCCCUCUUACCUGUGCUAUUGUGAAAGUUACUCCUGUAACCCUCGUUGGUUGAAAGAUUUUUUGUCCAAUGUUAGUGACGCACAUGUGUAAUAGCCCUGCCCCCGCCCCCCCCCACCACCACCCACCCAAAAAAGUAAAAAGAGCAACCCCGUGUCCUUCUUUUAUCUUAGAAGCACUGCAUCAAUAGAGAUCAUCGCAAAGAUGCUAGUGUCCACAUGAGCAGAAGUGCUUAGAAAAAAAAUCAGUGUAUUUAAUUUUUGUAUUUAAAGAACAAGUUAUUUUCUUGAUGAAGCAAAACCAUGUAAUGCAUAUACAUUUUUGUAUUAUUGCCGAUACAUGUUAAAAGGCAACUUGUUAAUAUAUUCAUUCAUUAUGAGAAGGAGAAAAAUAAGAAAUGGUUUACUUUUUAUUCCUAUUUGGUUGUGCAGAGCUUCCUCUGUAUUGGCAACGUGCUGGCAUCAAAGAAUAUAAGUUUACAUAUAUACUAAAGUGUAAUAAGAUUCCACCAAAGGACAUUUAAUUGUUUUCUUGUUGCUUUAACACUGGAAAAUUUAAGUGAAUAAAAUAUAUUGAGGAAAAA